AUGCUAGUAUCGACUAUGGCGGUGGAUCAAAUAUCUGGAUACUUUAGUGAAGACAACAUCAAAGUUGGUGAUAUAGUAAUUGAGGAUCAGGAGUUCAUCGAAGCAACAAGGGAACCUGGUAUUACAUUAUUGGGAGGGAAGUUUGACGGUAUCAUUGGGCUUGGAUUUAAGGAGAUCUCUCUUGACAAUGCUCUCCCAAUAUGGGACAAUAUGUUCAAUCAACAUCUAGUUAAGGAGCACAUUUUUUCAUUUUGGCUUAACCAAAGAGGUAAUGAAGGAGGAGGGGGUGAAAUCAUCUUCGGUGGUGUUGAUCCAAAUCACUACAAAGGUGUGCACACGUUUGUUCCAGUUACUCAAAAGGGAUAUUGGCAGUUUGAUAUGGAUGAUGUACUUAUUGGUGGGCAGCCGACUGGGUCUUGUAAGAACAAAUGUGCAGCUAUUGUUGAUUCUGGAACUGCCUUGCUAGCUGGUCCAACGAGUGUGAUCACCCAGAUAAAUCAUGCCAUCGGGGCUCAAGGAAUUGUAACCGAGGCGUGCAAGGGUUUUGUUUCUAAAUUUGGACACAUAAUAUUUCGGCUGCUUUCGACAUUUGUCAAUACCAAGACGAUAUGCCCCUUUAUUGGAUUCUGUUUUCUUGAUGGGGAUCACGAAGUUAGUAUUGGCAUUAAGAGUGUUGUAGAUAGGAGUGAUAGUGUAUCACAUCCAUCUGUAACCGCGCCAAAUUGCAUUCUCUGUAAAGCAAUAGUAGGACUUAUGCAUACUAUGAUCGCCAAUAACAACACACAAGAAAUGAUUUUAAAAACAUUGGGCAAUCUAUGUAAACUGGUGCCCAUCCCAGUAGAAGAGUCGAUGGUUGAUUGUGCUAGACUUCCUUAUAUGCCUACUAUUUCGUUCACCAUUGGUGGCAAAGAAUUUGAACUUUUACCUAAUGAGUACAUAAUUAAGACCGGGGAGGGUGAGGAUGCACACUGCGUUAGUGGUUUCAUGCCUUUGGAUAUUCCUCCUCCACGUGGGCCACACUGGAUAUUAGGUGAUUUGUUUAUGCGUCGUUACCACACUGUAUUUGAUUAUGGCAAUCUAAGAGUUGGAUUUGCAGAAGCUGCGUGA